AUGUCCACAACCGGCGUCACGGACCUUGCUAUAUCACUUGCGAAGCAGAAAAAUAUCGACUUGGGCUCAAUUGCUACUACCCGUUCGUCUUCCAUUGCCGACAAGUUCCGUGCACUUGGUGUCGAACCAAUUAUCGGAUCUCUCGAUGACUAUGAGCUAGUUACGAAACUCAGCGCAGAGGCUGAUAUCGUUAUCAAUACUGCUGAUUGCGACAACGUCGAUCUAUUGCAUGCACUUCUUGAAGGCCAAAAGUGCAGGAAAGCACACGGAAAGCCUAUCGGUUCGUUUGUUCACACGAGCGGGAUUAAGAUCUUUUCGGAUAAUUCUGGAGAGGGGAAGUUUAAUUCCAAUGGCAAAGUCUGGACUGAUUCCGAAGAAGAUAUUCGCGCCAUUACGACUUCAAUGCUUCAUGGUCAAGUUGACGUUCCAUUAUUGAAAGCUUCUGAAGCAGGAGUUGUGAACUCAUUCAUUAUCUGCCCGUCUGGUGUUUAUGGCAAAUCCACUGGCCCAAUCGAGCGCAAUUCGAUUAUAUUUCGACUAGCUAUUGCCGACUACUUGAAGCAGAAACGUGUUUAUUACAUCGGCGAAGGAAGCAACCGAUCCGAAUGGGUUCAUCUUGUGGAUGUCGUCUCUUUGUUCGACAAAGUUUUCGAGCUUGCUCUCGAUGCUCUGUCGACCAGACCUUCAACUAAUCCUUACGAGCGCUAUUACAUAGCGAGUACUACACUCAUUGAGUGGAAAGGCAUCGCAGAACGCUUUGCUCGUGAAUUGAACAAGCAAGGUCUUGUUGACUCAUCUAAACCUGCUACGAUUUCGCCUGAAGGACUGAACCUGCUCAAUCGGUGCGGAUGA